AUGAUGACAAAUCAAACAUCAGUCAUCAUUCUCGACUUCGACUCGACCAUUGCAGGCUUUCAGUGCAAUUCUCAGCAGCCUACAAAGCUCACAAGAAGCAGCCCUUUUCAUGUGCCACUCUCAGCCGCCUCUGUCGUCGAAUAUGCUGCAUCUGGCACAGUUGAGCCAGAAGACAAUGACAGUGUUUUAAUCGAAUUUCCCCCUCCGCUGACGCCUCUGCAACGAACAACUCGCGCCCUGGAAUUCUACAAACGCGUCUUGCCCGUGUUGGCGGCAUACAAGGCCAAAGAAGUCGAGUUGAAUCUUCGAAAAACAUUGGGUGAUGCCACACCUCCGGAAGAAGAAGAGGAAAUGUGGAAAGAACUAGACGAAUGGGGAUCCACUAGAAUCUCCGAAACAAUCAGCGAGAUGCGUGGAUUCUACGUCAAGAGUGGUCAGGUCAUCUCCACGAGGGUAGAUCUGUUCCCCGAAGCAUACACGUCCAAAUUGCAAGUUCUACAAGAUGGAUUGGAACCUAUGCCAUUUCAACUGGUCGAAAAAGUGGUUCGCCAAGAAUUAUUGGAUGGAGCGCCGCUCUCGGAGUUGUUUGCUUCUUUUGAGGAGGAACCGCUGGGAAGUGCCAGCAUUGCUCAAGUUCACAAAGCCACGUUGCUAGAUGGACGAACUGUGGCAGUCAAACUCCAGCGACCCAAUGUCGAACCAAAGCUUCUGGGGGAUGUGGCCAAUUUGAAACGAAUCAGCAAACUGCUCGCAGACAGUUUACCCGUGGACUAUUAUGCUGUUUUUUCCGAAUUGGGAGAUGCCUUAGUCAACGAGUUGGACUUUUUGGCAGAAGCACAAGCUAUGCGCAAGAUUGACCUUGCCGUUCGACAUGACAAUGAUGGAAAAUCAUGUCCCAAUCCACCCAUUACUGUGCCUCUACCCGUCGGAGAACUCGUCAGCAAGCGUGUCUUGGUGAUGGAUUUCAUCGAAGGGGCUCCACUCAAUCAAUUGAGUCAACGAAUGGAAGAAAAGGGAAUCAAACCGGGAUCUCCCGAGGCAAAAAUUGCAGGACGACGGAUUCUGGAUGGCUUGACUGCGGCGUUUGGACGCAUGAUCUUUGGCGCCGGCUUUAUUCAUGGGGAUCCGCAUCCAGGGAAUAUCUUUAUCGGAAACGGUGGCAAAGUAUCCCUCAUUGACUGUGGUCAAUUUAAAGCACUCCCCAGACCGCAACGAGUCGAAUUGGCACAGCUACUUUUGGCUGUCGCGGAGUAUCAGUUCAGUAAAGGCGCCCCAGAGGCAGAAAGAAACUUGGCAAACCAUGUUCGAGGCUUUGGUGUGACCUUUAUGGAUGGGGAGCAAGAGAAUGAUGAGUUGGCCUGUGCCGUCGCGCUAGUCCUCUUUGGAGACACGGGUGUUCCUUUGCCAGGAGGAUAUUCCAGCAACGAGCUCUCGGAAGAUUCUCCUAUCAAACUAAUAGCAUCGUUCCCUCAAGAAUUGGUCCUCAUGGGACGAGCGACAGUCUUGUUGAAGGGCAUUGCCAAACGCCUCGACAUUCCCUUGUCACUCGCGGGACGGUGGAAUGAUGGUUGUCUUAUGACUGUCGAAGCAGCAUCUGCACCCACGCUACCACUUUGGGGCAAGAGCAUUGUGAAGGGCAGUGGUGAAUCUACCGGUACGGAGGGUGACGAGAAGAUUCGGUUUCGCCAAAUUGCAAGUUUGUUCAAGGACUAUGCCAAGGGAAAAGGCAAACGCCUAGCGGAACGUAGUGUGGACAAACUGCCGACCAAACUCAGGUCAAGACUACUUGAAUAUGUCGUAGAACGACAAGAGCGCCGCGAUGCCGAGAACGAGAAAUAG